ACCACACUGCAUCGUAAAAUACUGAUUUUUAGCAUGCGCGUUUGUACCCGUGAGUGGAAAAACAAACGGAACUUCCGUCAGAUUUAACAGGAAGUAGGUACGUGGCCUCUUCAGCUGACAGUCUACAAUGAUGGCGACAGAGGUUCAGAGCGGCGACCUCAACAGCGCCACGUCCAGCCGGCUCGAAGUUUCCAUCGAUGGCCUCACCCUUAGUCCAGACCCGGAGGGUGAGGAUCCGAACCUCGUCCCGUCCGAACAGGGGACCGAGACGCCGGGUGAAGCUGGAGGAGAAGAAGACGGAGAAAAAUCAGCCAUGGAAGGGAAAUGGGGCUUUCCUCUGCAGGAGCUGUACGGGAUGGCCCUGAAAUUUUUCAAAGAUAAAGAUGGCAAAGCCUUCCACCCGACAUACGAGGAGAAGCUCCGGCUGGUGGCCCUUCACAAACAGGUGUUACUGGGCCCUUAUAAUCCUGACGCUUCGCCAGAGGUCGGUUUCUUUGACGUCUUGGGCAACGACCGCAGGAAAGAGUGGGCCUCCCUCGGUAAUAUGGAGAAGGAGGAGGCCAUGUUGGAGUUUGUCAAGCUGCUGAACAAGUGCUGUAACCUCUUUGCUCCUUAUGUCAUAUCACACAAGAUUGAAAAGGAGGAGCAGGAGAGGAAAAGGAAAGAGGAGGAGGAGCAGCUGAGGCGAGAGGAGGAGGAGAGGGAGCGACAAAGACAGGAGGAGGAGAGGCGAAGGCUUGAGGAGGAAGAGAGGCUGAGAAGAGAGGCAGAGGAGCGGAGACAGGCCGAGGAGGAGAGGCUACGGAUCGAGCAGCAGAAGCAGCAGAUAAUGGCCGCUUUAAACGCUCAGACAGCGGUGCAGUUCCAACAGUACGCCGCGCAGCAGUACCCCAGCAGCCCAGAGCAACAGCUGAGCCUCAUCCGCCAGCUUCAGGAGCAGCACUACCAGCAGUACAUGCAGCAGCUCUACCAGGUCCAGCUGGCCCAGCAGCAGGCGGCCCUACAGAAGCAGCAACAGCAGGCUGAUGCAGCGGUGCAGGGCGCCUUGGACUCCAGCAGCUUUAACAACGGGGAACACAUCUCCACCUCGACAGCCGGUCCGCUGAGCGCCGCAUCGCCGUUCGCUAGCGACGAACUUCCCACCGUCAACGGAGGCCAGUCUGACUCGUACUCAGAGAGCAUGGACCGGGAGCCAGAACCUGAGCCCGCAGAGGAGAUCUCUGAAAACGGGCCUUUAUUAGACUCCCCACCAGUCAUAGCUGCCCCUUCGAUGUGGACACGGCCGCAGAUCAAGGACUUCAAGGAGAAGAUCCGCCAGGAUCCAGACAGCGUGAUCACAGUGGGGCGCGGCGAGGUGGUCACGGUGCGCGUUCCCACCCACGAGGAAGGAUCGUACCUGUUCUGGGAGUUCGCCACGGACUAUUACGACAUCGGCUUUGGGGUGUUCUUCGAGUGGACGGAUGCUGCCUCCGCCUCGGUCAGUGUGCACGUGUCGGAGUCCAGUGAUGAAGACGAGGAUGAAGAGGGUGACCCUUCCACAGAAGAGGAGAAGGUGAAAAAGGAGACGGGGAAGCCCCACGUGGAUGAGAUUGUGCCGGUUUACCGGCGGGACUGUCACGAGGAGGUGUACGCCGGCAGCCACCAGUACCCCGGCCGCGGAGUCUACCUGCUCAAGUUUGACAACUCGUAUUCACUCUGGCGCUCCAAGAGUGUUUACUACAGAGUCUACUACACCAGAUAAGCCUGAAUAAAGAUACGGGGCGAGCCGAGGAGGGCGUUUGUUCAUGUUUGUGCGUGAAGGCAACCUGUAUCUGAAGGGAGAGUUGAUCUGAUAUGGACAACAACCACCAGAGGGAGACAAAGACACAUCCGGAGCCCUUAUUGUGAUAUUGGAUUGGUGUGUGUGUGUGUGUGUGUGUGUGUGUGUGCGUGUGCGCGUGCGCGCGCAUGCGUGACCCAAGUUCCAUCCAUCCUACUUAGUCUUGAAGCCGUUUGGGAGAAGAGUGUGCGUUUCUAUUGUGAAUCUACUACCUGUCCUUGCUGCACUCAUACACCAAGCUGUAGGACAGUCCUUGUCUUUGACCACUUUUUGUUUCCACCGGGGCUCCUCUUCCUCCUCCUCCUCCUCCUUCUGACCACGCCGACCCAGAAGAGUCCCACAACCAUAAACCGGAAUCUUGGUACGUCCAACACUGUGAGCCAACGCUUCCUGUUUGGUGGAGUUACUGAUUGUUUAUCCUGCGAGAACAGACAAUGUGGGGGGGGGAAAUCGAGCGAUUUGCAAACGUGCUUCGUAACACUAUGCCUUCUGCACAGAGGUCGACUGGGCUUUGCUUCAUUCCACUUUAAAAAAAAUCACCAAAAUCCACAAACGCAACUCUUGUUUUUGUUGUGAAGCCUCAGCGUGUCUGUUUCUGGUGCUGACAUGAAGUUAGUGGAGGAAUGUUGAGCAGAAGCGGUGAUUUUGGGGGUUUUCUGCACAUAUUCCCUUCUCGGCUUUCUUACAAUGCAGCACCAGUGUUUAUUUUUAUUUUUUAAAACGGCUCAGACUACUGCCAAAAGUAAUGAAGGACGGGCAAGGUCAUUCAGAUGAGUGUCGAGGGAGGGAGCGUAAACUAGCAUGCAGGUCAUGAAAUAUGAUCAAAUACAGUAUGCCUUGUAGGCGGAAGUGUAAAUGUAAAAAACCUUGAGCUUUUGUGGUUUUGACGAACACGAGCCUAUUUAAACCAAAACUGAGCUGGUAAUGUUGAUUAUCAAGAGGAUUCUGUUCAUAGCGUGUUUCAGAAUAUAAGUGUUAGAGUCCUGGCAUGUUAGAAGUGACAUUUAACAACUAAUAAUCCACGUUUCGCAGGUCAUGACACUGUUACGUCUGCUGCGCUCAGAUAAAAACGCUGCGCUCCGUUUUUCAUUUCAUGCUCUCGUCAGUCGUCAUCUCAAGAAUUGUAAAAAACAGUUUAUCCUGCUAACUCUAAUGUGAGGUGUUGAACUCUCAUCACCUCAGUUCUAACCCGUUCUUUUUAUUUGGGUCAUUCUGUAUGAAGUGUUUACUACAAGAUGGAGGAUUGUGUUGGAAGAUUGUUUCCCUCACUUUAUCACGCUGCAUCCUUUGUGUGCAAACAGGCGAACAGUUUGAUCAUUUCAGCCUGUUUCUAAUCCAGAUGGUGAUUAUUUUUAAUUUAAUUUCAUGAGUUUUUCACUUUGGCUCAGCCUAAAGUUCGAGGCCAUUCUCCUGUUGGUUAUGAAUCAGUUUGAGUUGUUCAAGCCCCGCCUGUAAAUAUUCUAUAAAUGAGUUUAUGUGGGUUUCAGAUGUGGAAGAAGGCUCUGUCUGGUUUUGCAAAUGAAUUUGCACUGUAUGUUAAGGUGACAGAUUUCUGUUUUACCCAUAUCUUGUUAGAACAAGUGUGAAGCUGUAACUAUUGGUAUGAUGGAGAAACUCAUCGUUUUCUUAUUGUUUGACUCUUUCAGGACUCUUCUAAGUUACAAAAUCUUUUUGGGCAUAUAUUUAAUCUUGAUUAAAGUUAUCUUCCUCUA